AGUGCCUGGACAAAACAAGGAUCAACUUCUCCUGGAAACCCUUUCUGUCCUCCUGCUUUCCAAUGGAUUUCCAUCUAUUGCACUAUAAAAUAACCAUUUUUCUGACUUUGUGGACAAGCAAACUGGUUACACAACUAACUGCAUGCUGGCAACCCCUAUUAUGCAGGGCAAGGAGGUGCUUGCUGUUGUGAUGGCACUUAACAAAAUAAAUGCCCCCGAAUUCUCUAAAGAGGAUGAAGAGGUCUUUAAGAAAUACCUCAAUUUUGUUUCUGUUGCCAUAAAACAAUACCAUAUCACAUAUCUCUACAAUAUUGAAACCCGAAGAAGUCAGAUGCUUUUAUGGUCUGCCAACAAAGUAUUUGAAGAACUGACAGAUAUUGAGCGACAGUUUCACAAAGCACUGUACACUAUUCGAAUUUAUUUGAACUGUGAAAGAUACUCUGUUGGUCUGCUGGAUAUGACCAAAGAGAAGGAGUUCUAUGAUGAAUGGCCAAUCAAGCUGGGAGAAGCAGAGCCUUAUAAAGGACCAAAAACACCCGAUGGCAGAGAAGUCAUCUUUUAUAAGAUUAUUGAUUAUAUUUUACAUGGAAAAGAAGAAAUCAAAGUCAUUCCGUCACCUCCUGCAGAUCACUGGUGUCUUGUAAGCGGGUUGCCAACGUAUGUUGCUGAAAAUGGAUUUAUUUGUAACAUGAUGAAUGCACCAGCAGAUGAAUAUUUUUUAUUUCAGAAAGGGCCUGUGGAUGAGACAGGCUGGGUUAUCAAAAAUGUCCUGUCUUUGCCUAUUGUCAACAAAAAAGAAGAAAUUGUAGGAGUAGCUACAUUUUACAACAGAAAAGAUGGAAAACCCUUUGAUGAAUUUGAUGAACAGAUCACUGAAAGUCUUACACAAUUCCUUGGAUGGUCUGUUUUAAAUACUGACACCUACGACAAAAUGAAUAAGCUUGAAAACAGGAAAGACCUUGCUCAGGAAAUGCUCAUGUACCAGACAAAGGCCACCCCUGAAGAAAUUCAGUCCAUAUUGAAAUACAAAGAGAAAUUAAAUGUAAACAGUACUGAAGACUGUGAUGAGAAAGCCCUCCUCAAGAUUUUGAAAGAGGAAUUACCUGAUCCAAAGGAAGUGGAACUUUAUGAAUUCCGCUUCAGUGACUUUCCCGUUACAGAGCAUGGCUUGAUUAAGUGCGGAAUACGAUUAUUCUUUGAGAUAAAUGUGGUUGAAAAGUUCAAAGUCCCCGCAGAGGUACUUACAAGAUGGAUGUACACAGUCAGAAAGGGUUAUCGGGAUAUAACUUACCAUAACUGGCGGCAUGGAUUCAACGUGGGACAGACAAUGUUCACCUUACUAAUGACAGGUAGACUAAAGAAAUACUAUACCGAUCUAGAAGCCUUCGCCAUGGUUGCAGCUGCUUUCUGCCAUGACAUUGAUCACAGAGGGACCAAUAAUUUGUAUCAAAUGAAAUCAGCUUCUCCAUUAGCAAAACUUCAUGGAUCUUCCAUUUUAGAAAGACAUCAUCUAGAGUACAGUAAAACUCUGCUACAAGACGAGAGUUUAAACAUCUUCCAGAACCUAAAUAAGCGCCAGUUUGAAACCGUUUUACAUUUAUUUGAAGUUGCAAUAAUAGCAACUGACUUGGCUUUGUAUUUCAAGAAAAGGACUAUGUUUCAAAAGAUUGUGGAUGCAGUUGAAAAAAUGCAAACAGAAGAGGAGGCAAUUAAAUAUAUAUCCAUCGACCCAACCAAAAAAGAAGUUAUCAUGGCUAUGAUGAUGACUGGUUGUGACUUGUCGGCUAUAACCAAGCCGUGGGAGGUGCAAAGUCAGGUUGCCCUUAUGGUUGCGAAUGAAUUUUGGGAACAAGGUGAUCUGGAGCGAACUGUGUUGGAGCAACAGCCAAUUCCUAUGAUGGACAGAAACAAAGCAGAUGAAUUGCCUAAGCUUCAAGUUGGUUUCAUUGAUUUUGUGUGUACAUUUGUAUACAAGGAAUUCUCAAGGUUUCACAAGGAAAUUACACCAAUGUUGGACGGUCUUCAAAACAACAGGGUGGAAUGGAAAACACGGGCUGAUGAAUAUGAAGAAAAGAUGAAAAUUAUUGAGGAAGAAAAGAAAAAGCUGGAAGAAGCAGCAGCCAAAAAAGCUGAACAAGACGCAGCGAAAGGUGGAGGAGGUGGCGGAGAUGAUGAUGGCAAAUCCAAAACAUGUAUAAUUUUGUAAUGCAUUUCAAUGACACUAAAAGAAUCUCAAAGUCUAUGUUUCUGCUACAGGAAAAAUAAAACAAAACAUCUAGAAAGAACUUCAAAAAGCCUCAGUGGAUUUCUGCAAAGCAUAGGGUAGCAUAGGCCAAAUAAUCCUCUUAAACAACUGCCAUCUAU